UAUUAAAAAAAAAAUCGUAUUUUGUGGUGUUAGGGUUUUGAAAUUUGAUGGCUUUAAUUGAUCUGUUAGGGUUGGUAUGAUUGUUUUGUUUUAGGCUUCUAAAACCUCGCUAAUCUGUUUAUUAUCCUCUGCAACAACAAAUUAUUCGAUUAAUUUUUGAAGUUGGCGUUAGUAAUAACCACGUGCUUUGGUUUAAUCCGAUAUUGGAUCUGAUUUGUGCAAAUCCAUGUCAUAUUAGGGCGGGGAUGAAGGUAGAGGUUGAAGAAGCCAUGGAGUUGGAGGACCAACUUCACAAGCGAUUCAAGCACGACCCAUCUCUACUGGCAGCAAUGGAGUCCGGCACAGAGCCUGUCACAGAGUCUGCAAUGGAGUCCGUCACAAAACCACCAGAGACCAUUUGGAAGUCCAUACGUGACCGGGUAUUACGAUCAUCAGAUUUGCCACUUACUUCAGAGAAAGGGUAUGGCAUGGAAUAUAUCUUUUAUCCUCACUGGACCAACAGUGACCGUCUUCUAAUAAAAAUUGGUCAGACUGGACUCGAUCUAAAUGAGGUUGAUAGGGAGUUUGCUAAACUGGUGCCACCACCACCACCAGAAGUGAAAACCAACCUUGUUCUUAUGAUUUGCUUUUUUGACAAGCACCCGGAAAAAGGCUAUACCUUUGCUUGGGUUAGAGAUUUCUCAAGUCUUUAUAAUGCUGGGAAAAGUUAUGCUUGUGAUGAUGAUGAUGAUUUGAUUGAUGAUGACCCUGAUGAGGCUGAGGUUGAUGACCCUGAUAAGGCUGAGGUUGAUAAGGCUGAGGAUGAGGAUGAGGAUGAGGAUGAGGAUGAUGAGGAUGAGGAUGAGGAUGAGGAUGAGGAUGAUGGUGAUGAUUUUCUAUAUGUAGUUAAAUCUAAUAGGGAUCCUUUUGAUAGAGAAGAUAAUAGUGCUGACAGAUUUGGGUUCCGCCACAAUUAUGAGAGAACUUUAGCAGCGCGUAUCAGAAGAGUGAUGUCGAAGCGAACAGAGUGUAGGUACGUUUUUGGAUUCAAUUAGCAGAACAAGUCCAGGUUGCAUUGGUGGAGGGCUCCUUUGAAGGCUACAUUGCGAGGUUUACGACGGAUAGAUCAUUGUCUUCGCUAACAGGAGUUUGGAGCUUUAAUAUCUUAACUUAAACAUAAUCUAUGUCCUUAAAUUUUGUUUUCUUUUGUGUUUUGGACUGGGUAUCUUUAGCCUCAAAAUUGCUGGGUAUAUACCUUCUCCUGUUUGAACGGUGGCUCUUUCUAGUUUGGUACGUGAUAAAUUAUGAAUCGUUUUCUUUUUUC